UUUUAUGAUGACUGUCAAAUUCCACUUUUGAGAUACAUACAUGAACGCGAAUUUGUGUGUCAUUUCUUGAAAAUAAAGAACCUAUGUACUAAGCUUUAAAGUUAAUUACCGUGUUUUAGCUUCUAACUUAAAACUUCUUGUACUGAUUUAAGAAUUCAUACUAAAAUGCCUAGUCAAGAAGUAGUCACCACCAAAGUUGUGGUUCAUCCACUCGUACUUUUAAGUGUAGUGGAUCAUUUUAACCGAAUGGGCAAAAUUGGUAAUCAAAAGCGUGUUGUUGGCGUUCUUCUCGGUUGCUGGAGGGCUAAGGGAGUUCUAGAUGUCUCUAACAGUUUUGCAGUUCCCUUUGAUGAAGAUGACAAAGAUAAAUCUGUCUGGUUCCUGGACCACGAUUAUUUGGAAAACAUGUAUGGUAUGUUCAAGAAAGUAAAUGCCCGUGAGAAGGUUGUGGGCUGGUACCACACUGGACCCAAACUGCAUCAAAAUGAUGUUGCAAUAAAUGAGCUAAUCAGGCGUUACUGUCCAAACUCUGUCCUCGUAAUCAUUGAUGCUAAGCCGAAAGACUUAGGGUUGCCAACAGAAGCAUAUCAGGCAGUUGAAGAAGUCCAUGAUGACGGGAGCCCUACCACUAGGACUUUUGAACAUGUGCCUAGCGAAAUAGGUGCGGAAGAAGCAGAGGAAGUUGGGGUAGAACAUCUCUUAAGAGAUAUUAAAGAUACUACUGUUGGAAGUCUCUCUCAACGAGUCACAAACCAGCUUCUGGGUCUGAGGGGUCUUCACUCUCAAUUAAGUGAAAUCCGAGAUUACCUAGUUCAAGUUGGUCAGGGGUCCUUGCCAAUGAACCAUCAGAUUAUAUAUCAACUGCAGGAUAUAUUUAAUCUUCUACCAGAUAUUACAAGUGACAACUUUGCCGAUAAUCUUUACAUUAAAACCAAUGAUCAGUCCCUUGUAGUUUAUUUAGCAGCCCUAGUAAGAUCUAUUAUAGCUUUGCAUAAUCUUAUCAAUAACAAAAUUACUAACAGAGAUGCAGAAGAGGGAAAGAAAGAUGAAUCUAAGGACAAAAAAGAGAAGAAAGAUGACAAAGAAGAUAAGAAAGGAGAUGAGAAAACAAAAGAAAAGAAAGAAAAAGAUGAAAAGAAAAAGUAAUUUAGAAUCAUCAUUAGCUUAAGUUGUUUGUAAUGCUGAAUUAUUUUAAUAAAUUGUAUUUACUAAUUUA